AUGGCAUUUUGUUUUAACGCAGCGAACCAUAAGCCUGUGCAGAAGGCGGCUUAUUGGGAUUACGAAGAAAUGAGCUCUCCACGUAAGGCAGAAGUUAAGAAGAAAAAGUCUAGAAUAGCGGACUUAGUCGAAGAGAUGGCCUCGUGGGAAGAUGACUUGACACGCGUUCCUUUACAUAAAGAACCAGAGAAAUCUGUUAGAAAAUCAUCUGCCAAGUAUAACAGAGACAGUUUGGCUGACCACCAUAAUUUGCCCGUAUAUGCAAGGAAGGCUCGAUGGGAACGUUUGAUGAAUGAUAGCUCUUCAUCUCACACAGGAAAUGCUGGGGAUGGUGAAACAAAUAAAGUUCCCUCAUCGUUAACUCAGGAGUCAGUGGUGCCCAAAAUCCAAACAGGUCGGGAUACCAGAGAAAGAGUUCUUCCUUCUGUCACGUCUACCAAGGCUGACAUUCCCAGAGGGAGUUUAAGCCAUGCUGAAAGAGAAAGGCUUGAGCGAAUGCGAGAGCUGGCGGAAUUACGUCGGUCUCGUCGACCAGUUUUUCCAUCUAGUCAUGUAAACCCAGUAUCUUCUGUACAGUCUCAUGUUUCAGAACCAGAAGAAGUUCCAUGCAGUUUUAUUGCAAAUCAGGAUGAUGAUUUUUCACUACCACCCCCUCCAUCCCCCUUAAAUACUGUUGCAACUGAGGACUCAAUUGUUACUUCGCCUCACGGUAAAUCUUGUGACAAUGAUCAGUCUGUUUUACCUGAAGUUGGGACGUGUGAUGAUGCUACCGUUAUGAACUCCAGUGCUCCAAAGAAUAUAGAGGAAGCUGAUGAAUUGAAUUUUUCAAACGACAACACAUUCAUCCAUAAUGAAUAUUCACCAAAACAAAAGAAUGUCAGUUCAAUGAACAUAAAUGAAACACAAUUGGAAGAAACUGUACAAUCAACUGUACCAACAAUAUCAACUAAUACACAUCCUUAUUAUUCACGUCCUAAAAUUGGUGUUAAACGUCGAUCAUCAUUUUCAGAAAGUUCAGUAGAUAAUUUUCAUGAAAUUAUGCCAAGACAGAAAUCAGUGACAUUUCAAAAACCUACUGCUGAUACUACAGAUGAAAGUGAAACUGAUUUUAACUAUGAUGAUGGUGAUAUUGGGGAUUGUCCAACAUCAUCUUCAGAAUUCUCCAGCCAAUAUGAAUAUUUUCCUGACAAGAAAAGAACACAAAAAGUAGAUUCUGAAAGAUUGAAUAUUUGUAUGGCAUAA